AUGAGCGACUCCAUCCCAACCACGCACCCAAACCUCGACCUCUUUUCCACGGUGGACAAUGGCAAUGAUCUCUCUCCACUGGACGACACAAAGGGCUUUGCACCGUUGUUUCAUUUGCAGCAAGUGCACUCGUUCCAGCCAUUGGACAUGACUGGCAGCGGGCACAUGGGCAGUCGCUUGCACAGCCCGACAUCCAUGCACGGCGAUCUGUUUGAACUGAUGCCCGUACCGAAGCGGUCCAAGACCAUGGAUAUGCAUGGCUCCGCCACGUCCACCGCCGCCACGUCAGCGCCCACAACAACAGCAGCAACGAUGGCGCCGACACCAGCCACCUCCGCGGCACUGGCAACCAAUGCCGGGGCAUGGGACGUCAGCUUUGGCGAGGGCGAUGCAACGGACGACUUCUUGUGGGGGGAACUGCAAGACCUCAAUCAGCCACUAGGCAGCACACCGGUGUCGCCCAUGUUUCCUGAAUCGAGCCCGCACCAUUGCACGGCAUCGCCGCGGCGAUUGCUCACAGCAGGCGCAAUACCAGACGCACCGUCGCACCACCACCAGCACCCGCACCAGCAACAGAGCGUGGACGGCGAGAAUGGCAGUGGCAUGCUCGUUGCGCCAGCAGGGAGCGUGUACUCUGCGCAGCCACUACCGUCUGGCCCAGGAAAACCAACAGUGGCUGGUGGCGCCAACGGCAGGCACACCACUACCGCCAGCAGCAGCAGCAGCGGCAGCAGCAGUGGUCAUGGUGGUGCGUCGAAGAAGCAGAAGAAAGGGCGAGGAAGGGCAAGCGGUGGCGGUCGCAAGCGCAGUGGUGGUAAAGGGAGCAAGAAGCGUGGGCAAGGUGCAAGUGCGGGCGCCAAGUGGAAGCACAACGCAACACAGCCAGCCGGCACACCAGCAGCGCAUCAGUCAUCGCUUGCGCCCGUACAGCUGCCGCUGACAACCAGUCAUGGCUCCUAUCAUCAUCACCCGACAUCAACACACGCGCACACACCAGCAGCCGGGUGGGCCCACACGUCCCAUCACGCCAACACCAACACCAAUGAGUACAGCAUGGACAACACGGGUGGUGCCCGCUGCACGUGCGAGCAGUGCACCACGGGCACGGGUAUGGCAUCGGCUGCGUGUGCAUCUUCAAUGCCGCCACCACCCUCCGGUAGCCUGCGGUACGUUGUGGACAACGACAGUAGCAGCAGCAGCAGCAGUAGCAACAACAGCUACAACAGCUGCAGCAAUGGGAACGGGCACGCGACGAAUGGGAGUAACGACUCUAGUGCAAGCUCGGCGUCCAUCUCCCCACCGACGGCCCACAGCCCCGCAGCAGGGAAGGCGCCACCCGUCUCACUCACAACACCAGCACCACCCGUCUCCUCAGCAGCGGCUGCAGUGGACACCACGACAAGCGGUCAGGCAGGUGCACAUGGCAGUGCACACCAUAUGAAUGGGAUGAAGGCGAUGGCUGCGAGGAGAGGCAACAAGGGCCGCAUUGCGCAUGACGCCACGCCCGUCAGGCAGGACGCAGUUGCACAGUUUAUUGACAGUCUGACGUAUGAGGAGCGUGCGCUGAUGGAGAAGGAGGGCGCUGUCGUGCACAAGCUGGACUAUGUGUCCACUGGGCGUUUGAAGGAGCUCAAGGCCAUCCGCCGGAAAAUCAAGAACAAGCUGUCUGCGAAGCACAGCCGCAUGCGGCGGAAGGAGUACAUCUCGACGCUUGAGAGCGAGAAGGAGCAGAUGGCUGCGCAGAUUAAGCAGCUGCAGUACAAGGUCUCCGAUCUCCAGCACGAAAACUGCCAGCUCCGCUCCAAGUCGUCAACAGGCCGCAAGGCGACGCCAACGUCAGCGAGCAAGGCUGCCGCUGCUGCUGGUCCCGGCGCCUGUGCCAUCCUCGUGAUGGCCCUCGCCCUCAGCACAGCCACCCCGCAGCCAUCAGCACACACCCUUGCCGCAAAGGGCCAGCUGCAGAGUUCGGUGCUUGGCGGGCUGUUGCGGCCCGGCGCCAUCCAGACGGCGCUCUCGCUCUCUCCCUCGCAGCGGCAGCAGCUCAAGUCCACGUUUGAAACCCUCGGCAUCACCACCAAGCUGGCCGAGCUUGGCCAGUCGCUGCCCGGGUCACCGCUGAUGGACAUUGCUGUUGUGAGCACGCCGGCGACUGCUGCUCCCGCCGCCACACCAGCAGCACCAGCAGUGACAGCCGCCACCACAACCACGACACAUGGCGCAAAGAAGUGGGUGGUGCCUGGCACGACGCUAUCACAGGUGAUGGCGACUCCCACAGCGCAGCCGCCAGUCACAUACCCUCAGUCAUAUGCGCACACAAGCACAGCUGCCACCACCGCCCCUCCAAGCACGUACACCACUGCUGCCCAUGUCAACGUGAUGGCAGCACCUGCAUCCACUGUGCAGCCCCAGUACCAGCAGCAGUACCAGUACCAGUACCAGCAGCAGCAACAAGUGCCCGUGUCGCACGGCGCUGGCCCAUCCACAUCAGUGGUUGCAGUCCCAGCACCAGUGUCUCGGGCGCAACCCGCGCCUCCAGUGUCCACGACGUACAGCGUCGUGUCGGCACCACCACCUGCGUCUGCUGCCCGCAACAACGUUGGUGUUCCGUACCCCACAACGGCCAAGACAAUGGCACCAACGAGAGCAGCACCUGCUGGGGCGAGCGCAAGCGCAACACCGCGCGCGAUGAUGACAACCAUGGCCAGGUCUGCUGCACCCGCGCCGUACGCAAACGCAACGCGCAUGGCACCUGUGGCACCGCCCGUUGUUUCGACCACGGCGACGCUGGUUGCACACCCGCCAACGACAGCAACAACAGGCGCACCCACGCCCAUGGCCAUCAAGGCCGAGGAGGAGGUUGCUGCUGCUCAGUGA